UGCAAACUAUACUACAAAGACAACCUCGGAAAAAAUAGUUAACAAUUUCGUAAGGCAAAGCCUUUGGGUUCUCUGUUAACAUCGAAAAGAAGAAAAUGGGAAGGUCUUUAGUUUUCUCCACCAAUAUUCCUCUCAGAUUUUCACAAACACCCAGAUCAAUUUCACCUCGGAUUCUCCCAAAUCGGUACCAAGCUCACGAAUUUAUUGCAAAUUCUUCAUUUGGGUAUCAAAAAAUUGAAACUUUGAACAAGAAUUCCCCUAGAAACUUAUGCAUAAGAGCCUCGAUAUCAGAGGUUUCUAACCAGAGACGGUAUCCUAAAGUAGGUGCCAAAUCAACUGGACCAAUCCCUCCAUCUCAGCUCAUUGAAGUUGUCGAGGCUGCUGCAAGAACUGGCGCUGAGGUGGUGAUGGAAGCUGUCAACAAACCAAGAAAUAUCACAUAUAAAGGACUAACUGAUUUGGUAACCGACACCGAUAAAAUGAGUGAGCUUGCUAUUCUUGAUGUAGUAAAAAAGAAUUUUGGAGAUCACCUGAUCCUUGGGGAGGAGGGAGGAAUUAUAGGGGAUACCUCAUCAGACUAUCUAUGGUGUAUUGAUCCUUUAGAUGGAACAACAAAUUUUGCACACUGUUACCCUAGCUUUGCAGUUUCAGUGGGCGUUCUGUUUCAAGGAAACCCUGCCGCCGCCAGUGUGGUGGAAUUUGUCGGGGGACCUAUGUGUUGGAAUACCCGUACAUUUACUGCUACUGCUGGUGGGGGAGCAUUUUGUAACGGUCAGAAAAUCCAUCCCAGUCAAACGGAUAAGGUGGAGCAAUCUCUUUUUGUGACUGGGUUUGGAUAUGAACAUGACGAUGCAUGGAUUACCAACAUCGAAUUAUUCAAGGAAUUUACUGACAUUAGUAGAGGUGUAAGAAGGCUUGGUGCUGCAGCUGUGGACAUGUGUCAUGUAGCUCUUGGAGUAGCAGAAGCGUAUUGGGAAUAUCGUCUAAAACCAUGGGAUAUGGCGGCCGGUGUAUUGAUAGUUGAAGAAGCUGGUGGCGCUGUGACUCGGAUGGAUGGUGGAAAAUUUUGUGUCUUUGAUAGAUCUGUUUUGGUAUCUAAUGGUGCAAUUCAUGCCAAGGCUUUGGAGAGGAUUGCGCCUGCGACGGAGAAACUGAAGAGUAAAGGAAUCGAUUUCUCAUUAUGGUAUAAGCCCGAAAAUUACAUCACAGAUCUUUGAAGUGCUAAAGAGUUAUACUUCUGUUUCCUGACACAUGCCUUAUGGUUUUGCCAGCGCAGUCACCACGAUUUUGCGAUUAGAAACAUAACAAGGAUACUGAGGCAUAUCUUGUGAAGUCUGAAGAA